AUGACAGCAGUAAAAGCAAUUAACCUUGUGCUGCCUGAGAUCAAGGCACAUUCAGUUGGCUCCAACAUAUGUGGCCAACUGGUUCUGAAUCUCAGCACCCUUGUGGACCCUGUUGUGAAAAUGGAGCUCGUGGGAAGAGGCUACCUGAGCUGGCAUCAGAAGGGUAAUCCAGAACUGGACUAUGAAGAGACCAUAGUUUGCACCAACAAAGCUGUCUACAUCUCCAAAGCAAAGAAGUUCCACGGAGCAGGUAGCUGCCUGGAAUCUGGGAUCCACACCUUUGAUUUCCACUUCAGCUUUCCUCCAGAGGUUCCCUCCACAUUCACCAGCAAAGUUGGCUGCAUCUCAUUUUUCAUGCAAGGGAUUUGCUGCAGCCACAGUACUGUCUUAGCUAAAGAAUGGAGAUACUUACUGUUGCAAGGAAUCAGUGGCUCUGUGAUCCUUUGCAUCGCUCUGAAGAAAAAGACAUAUUUCCCUGGUGAAACUACUGUCUUCAAAACAGAUAUUGCCAACAGGACAUGUAAUUACAUUAGAAAGGUAGUUUUGCUGUACGCUGCAUUGUACAGGGGCUUCAGCAACAGUGCAGAUCAGUAUUCCUUGGAAAAUCAAAAUGAAGUGACAAGGCUGGAGUGCCAGCCGAGCACAACCCCCUUUGAAACCAUGAGAGUCACCAGUGCACUGGUUCUGCCUAAACCACUGCCUGUCACCAAUGCCCUGAGAGGAAAUAACAUCAUGGCAUUCAAGUAUGAGCUGGCAAUAGAAGUGGAGGAAGAAGAAAUGAAGCAACCUGGAGUAAGUAACGUUGGUAGAGUAACAUAG